UUGCCAUUUGUAUUUAUAAAUUUCGAAACAAAUAAAAGCUCUAGAUAUGGAAUAAAUUUAAUGCAAGUUUCUCGAAAGAGUAAAAAGAUCAUGCUCGAAGUCUGUAUAAAAACAGUGGCAGUUGCAAAGUAAGCGAGGUUGAAAAUGAUCAAUAAAUAUAACCCCUGCCGCUUAAAGAAGCGUUAUCCCUUUAGUCGAUCAGCCGCGACGUAAAUCACGACGUGAAAAGAACAAAUAUUAAAAGAAGGAAAACGAAACAAAACAAGACAAAAAAAAAGGAGGAGGAAAAUGAGGAAGUGGAAAGAUCGAUAGAAGAAAUAACGAACGCAUAUAAUAAUACGUAUUACGUAUAAUGGUGAAUAUAAGUGUAAGUGUAGGUGUAGGUGUAGGUGUAGGUGUAGAUGUAGGUAUCACACUUAUCGAUCUUAUCGAUGUCCUUCGUAGAAAGAUCUUACAAUUCCUGGUCAGCAGAAACAUCCGUUUGAGAAAGAUAACUGCAUAGUUAACAUCAUUUGUUUCUUCUUUUUUUUUUUUUUUUCCAAUAUAUUUAUUUCGUGUUCUCGUUUUACGAAGUGUCGCUAUCAAUGAGACACACAAUUACGAACGAAAAGUUACAUUCAACAACGUAAUACUAUUUCACGUCUUCUCUCUACACGGAUAUUACGUGGAUACUACAUCUCUGUCAAUGGUAUGUUUUCUACGUACGAGAUAGACGAAGUGCACGCGCACGAAAAUAGAAGAGAACAAUUACUAUAGUCAUAAUUUCGAAAGAUUUUCAUUCGUUUAUUAAAACGAUCGAAUAUAUACAGAGAGUCAAGGAUCAGCGACUUUAAAAUGACUAAACUCAUUUGAAGAAUAUUAGAUAAAUGAGACUUGAUAUCAAAACUUCAAAAGAAAAAAGGAAAAUCUCUUUGAUGAUCGAUGUGGAUUUCUUAUCGUAUUAUGAUCAACCUUAUUGUUAAGUGAUGUAUGUGAAGAGUUAAAAUAUGCCAUUGUAUUUAAUCGUUCUAUUAAUAUGGAGUUUUACGAUACAAGAAGGAUCAUGUAUCAAAUUAAAGAGAAUAGCUUUACGACCGUCCAACAUAUUGGACGAUUACUAUGCUUAUCGGCAUAUUUCGAUUAUUCAUUUCGAUGUACCAGAGUAUACAAUUACCGCGGGAUUCAAAUUUACAAUAAAAGAAGAAAAAACCGGUGGAAUAGGUAAAUGUUCUCCGAGAUAUGUUUCAUUGUACUUGAAAUCCGGUAGUUUACCAUUAAUUCGUCCAGAUGGAUCGAUUAUCGAGGCAAAACUUAUAAAACGAAGACGCAAAUACUAUGCUUUAAAUAUGCAAAGCAAUGGUGACGAACAUAUGAUCAAUAUCGAUUCUCCAAUACCAGGUGACUGGUAUGUAAUAGCUUUUCGAUCUUGGACCGAUCCUAAUAGCGACAAGAUCAAGCAACAAGGUCUCGGUGCAUCAUGUGAUACCGUACUCGAUGCUGAGUUGUUAAUAGAGAUGCCAUCUAUGGUAUCCUUAAUAGAUUUUAAUAACGAAUAUGAAAUCGAAUUAAACAAAAGUAAAAAUACUUUUGUUGGCCACAUUUUUAUGUCAGAUGAUUUAUUAAACGUGGUACUUGCAUUGAAUCAAUCAUAUGAAAACAAUUGUAAAUUUGCAAUUCAUGUUGUUGCACAGGAACAUCUUAUAGGGACGAUCGUUAAUGACACUGAUGUCUUAUUGUCCUUCAAACCUUAUUCAAAAUCAUUACAUUAUAUUACGCUACGUUUAAUAUCCGGAAAUAUGUCGAAAAUAUCUUUACGUUUUGAAAACAAUACUUCAUCAUUCAUUGAUUUCAAUCAAGUUAAAAGCAUAAGUUUGAUACGAAAAUCAUUGCCGGAGUUCUUUGUAUUCGAUUAUGAACAUCGUAGUGAAAACGAUACGAAAUCUAUGCCUUUCAAUCUCACAAGCGAUGGUAUUACCGUCCUUGACUUCGAGAUUGCCCGUGUCUACGAUGUUGGUGGUACAGUGACAGUGGGUAUAAAAAUGCUCAACGUGGAUAAAAAGGAUCAAAAGAAUAUUUUCAUCGUAGCUUGCAUUACCUUAGGAUAUUACUCAAAUAUCACAGCCGGUGGAAGUUGCAUACGGGCAUGGAACGUAACCGGGGCAGAUAUAUACGUGAACGAGACAGGUCCUGGUUUGGUUCAUAUACCAUUUCCCGAACCUGGAAGGUGGUACGUCAGUUUAAAAUCAUUUUGCGUCGAUGGAAAAUGUAAUUGCGCUGAGAAUUGUUUGAACGGUACCAUCUGUAAAGAAUGCGAAUGUAUGAAACCGUGUUCUGUUGAAAUAGAGAGCAGUAUAUCAUCGUCGCCUUGCAUCGAAGGACGUUGUAAUUCACAUGGCAAAUGUAUGCACUAUAUGAGCGGUGGUUUCGUUUUUUCAGCAUGUUACUGUACAGAAGGAUAUCGUGGUUUUGAUUGUGCCGACGGAACUUACGUUCUCGGUAAUAAAGACAUACUCGUACGUUUGUUAAUGUUAACCAUCAGCAAUCUUGCUUUUAUUGGUUCGAUAUAUCUGGCGAUACGUCGAGAAUAUUUUACAGAAGCAAUCGUUUACACCGCCGUUAUGUUCUUUUCGACAUUUUAUCAUGCUUGCGAAGCCGGAGAAAACGUUUACAGUAUUUGUAUAAUGCGACUGAGCGUAUUACAAUUUUGCGAUUUCUUCAAUGCUCUUCUUUCGAUUUGGGUUACAUUAGUAGCCAUGGCCUCCUUUGGACCAAAGCUUACAGCAUUUUUCCAGAUCAUGGGUGCUAUUGUUCUUGCUAUGAGCUCAGAAAUGGAUCGUACGGCUCUCUGGGUAUUCCUUUUACCUGCCAUUACUGGAUCCUCUUUGAUUGGAGUUUCUUGGGGACUUAGGUGUAAAAGAAGAAAAACUGUCCGAUAUCCUUCGCGCGUGUACAGAACCAUCUUCUUUCCGGCGGGCCUUCUGAUAGUCUCUUUGGGUCUUGUUUGUUACGCCUUUUUACAAACACGUAGUAAUUAUCACAUUGUCCAUAGUUUAUGGCAUAUUUGUGUGGCUGUUGCGGUUAUGCUUUUAUUACCAAAAAGACAUUACAUGAAGUAAAUAUGUUGCGUAGUAGAAUUAUAGCGAAUUCAGGGAGCAUAAAUGAUAUUUACAGACAUACUCGUACAUAUUAUCGUAUGAAAUAACUUUUUUUUUUUUUUUUUGUUUUUUUUAUAUAGACGAUUGUAUAUUAACUUAAUUAAUAUGCAGGAAAAAAGUAUUAUUCUUAUAAAAUUACUAUUAUGCUAAAUUUUUCCAGGUAAGAAGAAUAUAUAAAAAAAUAGUUUAUAAAUAUACAACGUAUAAAUUUAUCUAGAAGAAAUUCAAAAGAUAUGUAACAAAUGCAAUAAUAUAUAAUAUAAAAAAGAGUAAUUUUCUUAACAGUAUUAUUUAGCAUAUUAGCAUUUCGAUGCGAACAAAAAAAAAAAAAAUUAAAAAAAAUUAAAAUCUUAUCAGUUUCAAUUAGAACGAUGAGAAAGAAUAUAUGUAAUAAAAAAAAAAAAAAAAAAAAAAAACAAAAACAAAAAACAAAACAACAAAACAAAAAGAAAAAGAAAAGAACAAAAAAUAACAAUAUUAUUAUAUAUUAUUAAGUAUUUUAUUAUGUCAUAUUAUUACGACGACAUUCUUAAAAAGAUUGAAUAUAAAUUGUUUCUUUUGUUGAUAGAUAGAAUUAUUGUAAUUUAGAAUUUUAAAUGAAAAUCUUUAAGGUUCGUUCAAAUUGUAAUUGUAUAUUGGAAGUUUUCAUUUUCUAUUGAGAUAUUUAUAACAAUUUAUACAAUCCUAUGUAUCAUAUAUAUAUAUAAAUAUAUAUAUAUAUAUAUAUAUAUAUAUAUGUGUGUGUGUGUGUGUGUGUGUGAAAUAGAGAUUUAAUUUGCAUCAUGUAGGAAUCAAAACCUCGCACGUACACAUAUUAUUUAUUAUAAUAACAUUAUAUAUGUAUAGACGCGCAUAUACUUUUUGUCAAAUGUACACGUACAUAAUGCAUUCUAUAUGUACAUUCAUAAGUCAAUAUCAUGAAUAUGGUAUAGAUAGCUAAGAAUUUACAAAGAAAAAAAUAUAUAUGUAUAUAUAUAUAUAUAUAUAUAUAUAUAUAUAUAUAUAUAUAUACACAUAUAUAUCACGGAUCAUGUAUAAUAUGUAUUUUUAAUAUGUAUUUCUCAAAUUCAUAAAUUCUCUAGUCGACUCUAUUUUUCUUGUCCGAAUGAUAUUGAGUUUUUUCAUGUCCAAAGAAAAAGGGAGUAUUUAUAGUGCACAAAUCAAUGCACGAAAAGAGUUAUAGUUCUUUAUACGAUAUCAUGGCAGGAAAAUAUUUCGUCUUUACUAUAUGUAUACAAUUUCUCCAUAUGUAUAUAUGUAUAUAAAUAUAUAUAUAUAUAUACACAUGAUAAAAGGAAAAUAAAAACUUGGAUUGAGAUCAAUCGAUAGAGUUGAGAAAACGAAAAUAAAUAUGUUGUUUCUUCUUUUCUUUUUCUUUUUUUCCUUUUUUUUUCUUUUUUUUUCUUUUUUCUUUUUUUCUUUCUUUUUUCUUCUUCUUCCUCUUCGACGUUGCAAAUACAAAUAAGCUUAAGAAAUAAAGAUAUUAUAUUUAUUUAACUAAUGAUAAGAUAAUUAUAGCAACGGAGAUGUUGUAGAUGACGCAGCUCGUGCAUUCGCCGUCGAUAUAGCCGUUAUAAUGUUUGAUAAGAGCGAUAGCAUUGUUUCCAAAGAGAAACCACAAUGGGGAUAAGAAUAUGAACAAUUUUUACCAGAAUGACCUGCUUCUACUGCCUCUUGUAUCGCCGUCCCUUGCAUGGCUGUUCGAAAAACUUGAUUGGUAGUUAUCGCAUCUAUCAUUCUAUCGAAAGAAGAUAUCUUUUCAUCCUCGUUCUCCUCGUCGGCUACUUUUACAGCUGCAGCAGCUUGUUGAGAAUAAGUACAAACAGCUCGUUGCAUACAAGAUGUUGUAUCUAUACCGUGACGAGCCAAUGCGUCGUCCAAUUUUGUCAUCGAUUGUGCGAAACCAUUUUCUUCGCCUGUACCCGAUAGAACGUAUAAUAAUUUUGGAAUGAUGAGAAUGGAACCGACUCCUAUAAUAGCACCUAAGAGAAGUCCACCCAAAUCUAUUUUUGCUGGAGCAUAAGAACCAGAACUCCCAAUAUUAGUGAAACCAAAGCGUGCUUCUUGAUUACGAUCCGAGAUAUCAUUGAUCGUAGUUUCCUCGUGUUUCAUUGAUGUAUCAGUCCGAAUUUCGGCUUGGGAUGGCAUUGCCACUUGAUCCUGUGCCUUACCAAUUUUUUCCAU